AUGACUACUCUAUCAGACGAUGUAAUCUUCUGGAUCGAGAUAAAAUGGAACAGCAAUCACGGCGAACCUAAACGUACCUGCCUGACUGGCCCUUUCACCAACUCAAUCAAAGAUCGUGGUCUAGUUCGCAAAACUCUGGACAGUCUCUGCGAACACAGCUACUUCAAGGCCCACGGCCUGAGCAAACCUUCUAUCACCACGUUCGACGCCGCUCUGGCGGAUCCAUCCUACGCCCCACUCGAUGGCAUGCCUGUCAAAGCAGCGUACGAAGGUUGCGAAGGUCGGGGCUUGCUGAAUUUAGCUUUGACCCUCCGCUUGCAUCACCAGUCAAGCCGCCCCAUCGCAGACGCCCUACGAGCAGCACUCGGCACUGCGAUGAUGAGUUAUGUGGAUCUAUACGCCGUUGUGUGUUACGCACAUGACUAUGAGCUUGGUCGCUUGAACGGCAACCUGUAUGAUACAGUCAAUUCGCUUAGAUGCUACGGUUCCCAGUUUAUUGACGGCUUCCCGCUACCCUGUCGGCCGCCCAUUCAGACAUUCCUCAAACGCACUGAAGCUUGUGCGCUUGCUGAUGAACUUCUGAAUCAGCGGGUGGAGCGAUCAGAUAAGGUGCAUGGACUAAGGCAGAUCCAUGAUGAAAUGAUAGACGCCGUCGAAAGCGACACGAGGCGUGUCGUCAAGCUCGUCAUGGUCAUGCAUAUAUUUGCGACUGAGCAUUUCAGACCCAAAGGAAAUGAUUGGUAG